UGGUGCUCGGCUCCGCACAGCUCCUCGACUCAUUCGCUGUCGGUUCACUCGCUCACUCGCUUGCCUGUCUUCUGCCGGUCGCUCUGCCUCGCUGCGCUCCGCCUGCCUGCCUGAGAAUGGUCCAGCCGGUGCCUGGGGGUCUGCCGUCGCGGCCUGUCUGAACACACGCAAAAACACAGAGUCGGUCGACACGCGGAAGCAAACACACUCGCGCUCGCACACACACACACACUGGAGAGCAAUGUGAGAGAGGAAGUGCCUUCCCUGAUGUCUGCUGCAGCUUCAACCUGCUUCCACAGCUGAAGCUCCACCCUCCCCUUUGCCUCGCUCGCUUGCUGCCACGGUAACACGAGUGCCAGGACAGCGGCCGAGCCCACCUCGCGGCCUACGCUCUGACCUGCUCGUCCAUCUCCCACCAACACCACCGCCACCCACUCCUCGCAGCAGGGGCUCCAGCCUCAGCUCUGCCAUCUGCCCUCCACCAGCUGCGCAGCCUUACCACAGCAGCCCGACACGCCGCCAGCAUCUCACCCACCUUGCCUUUUAACCUUCGCCUUCGACCCGCCGGGCCUCCGCUCGGUCCUCGGCGCCCGUGACCUCCCUGUAGCCGGCUCCGCCCAGACCCUCGCCGUUGCUGCCUGCCUCGCGGCCCCUCACCACGGGGCCCACGGCUCGGCCCGGUUGGCUCUUUGCCUCGUCGGCUUGUGAACGUCGUCGUCGAGUCAGGCCGCGAGCAGCAGCUCCGUUGUUAGGCUCAGUCGUCUUCUGGAUACAAACACGUCUGCGGCGGUUGAUUGAUCGGGAAAGAUAUCCGAUAACAUUCGUCCUGCAACAUUUCACUUUGGAAAAGGAGGCCUUUCCAACAAUAGUCCCGAUAGUUUGAGUGUUUUAUUUCCAUGUCUUUAACUUAACUGACAAAUCAGCAAAAGACCCUUUUUAUAGUUGUGGAUUAAAAACACACGCACUUUACUCACGCUCAAACAUAUUUCAGCUCGGAAUAACUAUUGCCAGCGUGUUGCCAUGGCGAUGAACAUGGCACACAUCCGCGACACAAAGUGGCUGACGCUCGAGGUGUGCAGGGAGUUCCAGAGGGGCACGUGCUCGCGCUCGGACCAGGAGUGCAAGUUCGCUCAUCCGGCCAAGAGCUGCCAGGUGGACAACGGACGGGUCAUCGCUUGCUUCGACUCGCUCAAGGGCCGUUGUUCCAGGGAGAACUGCAAGUACCUGCACCCCCCUGCCCACCUAAAGACCCAGCUGGAGAUCAAUGGCAGGAACAACUUGAUCCAGCAGAAGAACAUGGUCAUGCUCGCCCAACAGAUGCAUCUCGCCAACGCCAUGAUGCCUGGCACGCAACUAUCACCUAUGGUGAGAGGACACACACGUAUGAAUAUGCCACAGCUACUGCCCAUGCCCAUGUUCUCAAUGAGUCCAGGCAUGGCCACCAGCGCCAGUGCAGCAGCAGCUGCAGCCGCAGCCUUUAAUCCCUACCUGAGUCCCAUGUCACCAGGCCUGAUGCCCCAAGAGCUGAUGUCCAGCACCCCGGUCCUCAUGGCCUCCAACCCCAACGUCGGCCAAGUCCCCAACUCUGCCGCUGCUGCAGCCCAGAAACUGCUGAGAACCGAUAGACUUGAGGUGUGUCGGGAAUAUCAGAGGGGCAACUGCUCUCGGGGGGAGACCGACUGCCGCUUCGCCCACCCCUCAGACAGCACCAUGAUCGACACCAACGACAACACCGUCACCGUCUGCAUGGACUACAUCAAGGGCCGAUGCUCUCGGGAAAAGUGCAAGUACUUCCACCCGCCAGCCCACCUGCAGGCCAAAAUUAAGGCUGCCCAGCACCAGGUGAACCAGGCCACAGCGGCCGCGGCCAUGACUCAGUCGGCUGUCAAAUCACUGAAGCGACCCCUCGACGCAACCUUUGACCUGGGUAUCGCCCCUAGUAUCAUGGCUCCCAUGCCCAAGCGGGCAGCCCUGGAGAAGGCCAACGGGGCCUCUGCCAUGUUUAACACCAGCAUGCUCCAGUACCAACAGGCCCUGGCCAGCAUGCAGUUUCAGCAGCAGGCUGCUUUCCUCCCAUCAGGCUCAAUAUUGUGCAUGACACCUUCAGCCAGCAUUGUUCCCAUGAUGCACGGUGGUUCUCCAGCCUCCAUGUCUGCAGCCGCCUCAUCUGCCACAAACCCCUUCGCAACCCCCUCCACCAAUCAGGACUCUUCCUUAUCAAAGUUGACCAACGAAUACAUGCAAUUGAUUCCAAUAAUAUCUGCAGAUCAUCUGAGUAGUCACAAGUACUUGACUCAAAUGUAGUUCCUCUCAAGAACAAUCAAAUGAAUGUGUGCUGCACCGUCCAAGCCAAAAGAGUUCAGCCUUUAUGUACAUAACCUUCAGAAUGUCAAGCAGCAGGACGGGGAGGGUCUGCCAUCUCUUAGCCGGUCCACGAUGAUGGUCUCAUCACAUGUGUAAACAUCAGAGGUGCGACGCGUGACCCGUGCCGUCUUCCCACAUAUCAAUAAGAAGAAUUUGUUGUCAAAUUCAAAGUCCAGCUGAGAGAAGAGGAUAUCUUGGUGCUGGGGUCGGUGUGUCUCUCCCUCCGUGGGAAUAGUUCACAUCACACCUCCGUGUCUGAGUAAAUCAAAUCCCUCAAUUUGUUCUAAUUAUUAUCAUUACCGCACGGAAGGUCAGGAGCGCGGUUGCGUAAUAGCAACAUCCAGUGCUGGUACGUUUAUUAGACCAAGAUGUAUCCUUCCUUUUUUUCUUUUUUUUGGGUUCUGCUUUAUGAUUAUGUUUUGAUUGAUAGCCAUAUUUAAAUAGUUUACAAGUGUAAUGCAAACAUGCAGCUUGAAUUUGAAUCAAAAUCUGAAAGGCACAAUGAUUUUAACAGGAAUUGUAUUCGCCAAACGAAUUGGGCAUGUACAGUGUUGUGUUUUUACGGCUACUAGUGAAACUAGAUGCUGAAAUGAGGGUCGUGGACGUAUGAAUGUUCUGGGGAAACCAACAUACCUGUGUACCUUGAAAGCACCGCCAGGCUCGCUUUUCUCACCUCGUCAUGUGCCAUCAAGGCCAUACAGCUAAAACCAGAGUGUUAUCUCAGCAGUGUUAUUUGUUUACUGAAGGUAAAAGUUUUGUAUGGCUCUUUUUUUGUAUUGUUUUGUUUUCAGAAUCUCCAUUGUGGGUGCUUCUUUUUAUUUUUGAACUUUUCAUUUCUCUAAUUAAUCAGUUUGAGAAGUGGGGUUCUCGCCAAAUAUUCGUUCAUUUGUUUAUGUUUUUCUUCUUCUUUUAAUAUCCAAUUGGAGUUUUUUUUCCCUAAAGAGUGCCGUACCUCUUUUCAUAGACUAGUGUUGUUUUUGUUGGGAUUAAGUUGUUGCUCAAGUCCGUCGACUAUAAGGCGUGGUGAAGUAGAGGGUGUAGCUUCAGUUGACACCGUGUUACCUUGUUGUCCCUCGUUUAAAGAGGAGCUACUCUAAAACUGUGCCUCCAAGAAGCACUGUUGAGCCAUCGAUGGGGAUUUAAAACAACAGGCCCGAGGGUCUAUUAGGUCAUUUAAACCGCAUGUGCACUUGAAUGAUCGUUUGUCUGGUCACCCUGUUUUAAUUUCACAUCUCAUCCUAUGUGAACUUUGUCUUUCGAGGAGAAGCAGCAUAUUGUUGUGUUUGUGUUUCCAAGGAGAAACGCAAAGGUUCUCAUCCACUUGUAGAUCUGACUACACAAACCAAAGCACACUUUUUUUUCCUCAAUCAUAUUCACCAAUGGUUAAAGAAGCAUCUCCCAAGAGGCUUGAUUAAGGAAAAAAAUGUUUAUCAUCUUUCAUUUAUCAUCAAUUCUAUGAUCACAUCUCUGUGGUCUGUUUUCACAGAGGUGUGUCGUGUGUCUUUACCGAUUGUAAUGUACCUAACGAAGCCUUAGAUUACAAUUAAUGGGUCCCAGCCCAAUCAAAUGUACUUUCAAUCACCGUGCAGGUAAAGAACACCAAUGAUGUUUUAUAGGUCUGUCACGUACCGCUUACGAUCUUGUUUUGUUUUGUUCUUUCUCUCCGUGUACAAGUAACAAAUACUCUCUUAAAUUUCAUUGAACUUCUGUGUUAUGUACUACUUAAGGAUUUGAAUCUAUUUGAGGUAUGUAGUUGUAGAUUUUUCUUUCUUUUUUUGCCUUACUAUAUAUUAUUACUUGACGACAUUGAUAUAGCCGUAGUAGAUUUUGAGAUAGUAUGACAUUCAUAACUUUUUCAAACCAUAUAAUGGAUAACGUGUUGAGUCGGUUUUAAAUAGUCACUUCAUUCAUAGAGCUGGAUGUCUUUUUUUCAGAUGAUGUUACAUUGUCAGUUGAUUUUGUGGAUGAAAGAUGUUUUUGAUACAAGGAAUGAGAUCAGCAUCUCCGAGCAGAGAAAGAAACUAAUGUUUUAACCAACUUAACUUUUUUUUCCCUUGUAACAUGUCAAGAUCAUGUUUGAAAAUAUAUUGUAUUGAAAUAUAGAUUGUCCAUGUUUUAGAGUAAAAAUUAUUUUCUACUGUAUCCAUUUAAAGAAAGAAAAAAAAUACGAUAUGUACUUUUGUUUGAAUAUUUCUUAAGUUUGCCCUGAAUGUCAGGCCAAAACAAGCAGUGAGGUUGACGGGUCUUUGGAUGUUUGUUGGAUAGAGAGAUGAGGAGCGAGAAAGCAAAGACUCUUCCAGACUGGAGAGGUCAGAAAUGCUGCAGAUGAGGAGUUCUAACCUAAGGGACGAAGGUUGACUUUUUGCACUUCUGUAUAUAGUCAAAUGAACAGAGAAAAAAAUGUGUAUCAUAUUGAGAUAUUAUUUUGAAUAAAAAAAGAUCUAUAAUUAUAAGGAAUUUUGUUAGAUUAAUUUAAAUUCUUGAAUUAGAAGACCAGCUAAAAAAUAUUGCUUGCAAAGAAGGGCACUAGUUUCUUGGCCAAUGCAUUCAGAGAAAGCUAUAUGCGCUUUUUGUCUUAUUUUAUCAGUAGUAUUGCCAGGGAACGUCGAAGGGGAAUAGAUAUCGCCAUGUCAUGCUUACUCCACCCCUCCUGUGGGAUGACAUAUUCAAUAAUAUCCAUAUAUCAUUUGUUAGAGUUGGUCUCACAGUAUUGCCACUCCCAUGGUACAGUUGAAACAUUAAACCUUCAAAAUGUGUUUUAUAUUAUCAUUUUUAAUUUGACUGCAUGUAAAAGUAAAAACAUGUAAACAAAAUAAAAACACGUAUUUAUGUGAAGAAAGAUAACACAUUGAGAUUACAGAACAUGCAUAUGUUGGGUUUUCUUUGCAAAACACACGUACAGUAGAUAACAUCCACGGUGGGGGGGAAAUAAUACUUCAUAAACAAGUCAUUUUACUCUUGUGUAACAACAAUAUUUUCCAUGCAAACAUGUUAUUUAAAGAAUGAUCAAAUAUUAGCACUCAUCCACCCCCGAUACUUUCUCAUAGCCAUAUAAUGACAGUCGACACUGACUCACGGGAAGCUCUUCCUGCUAUCAUAGCCGUGCACUCAGCAGGCGAAGGCUCGCCACACCAAAUGCAUAUUUGGAAAAUUAGUCUUUGAAAUGAAUGUAACGGUCAGCUGGCCGGCGUGUUUCUGGCCUGAGGCUACAGAACCAAAGCACCAUUCUCUCCCAGCCAGAUGUUCAGUCUGCUGGCUGGAGCCAUGGUCUCUCUUCCCUGCUGGGGGCACAUGUAUGCUUUGACUGCUUUUUACUUGUAAGUGCAACCAUCCAUUAUGUAUUUGCUAACAGUUGCCACACAAUAAUGUCCUAUUCUGUCUUCAGAUUUGUUCAUGCACAUUUUAUUGCUGCCAUAAUUGACUCUGAAUCUGAAAUCUGAAUAAAACAAUAUUUGAUUUGCUCAUGCAA